UCGUUGAAGAAUUCAUACUGCUUUUUUUUUUUUUUACCCCCGUUCGUUACUAAUUACCGUUUUUCUUUCGUUAAUUUCCCACCCCGUUCGCAUCGGACAAAUCCCUAUUCUCUUACCCUCAGCCACCACCUAUAUCUUCAUUGCCUUAACCCUAUCUCGAAAAUGCCAUCUUUCAAGAGCGUCUUCCUCGCCGUGGCUGCCACUGUGGUGGCCACGGUCUCGGCUCAAGACUACUGGGUCGAGCCAGACACCGUGCCCAGAUCCACAAGAGUCCGAUGGUGCGAGGACCAGAGGCGAACGUGCCCGUUUAUUUGCCAGCAGACCGAUCCCCGCCCGCCCGUGGUCAACGACUGCGAUCCGGACGCGCUGAACUACGGCUGUAUUUGCGGAGACUCCAACAGGCCCAACAUGACCGAGUAUUCCCUGACGCUUCCGUAUCACAUGUGCAUGGAAUGGGGAAAUCAGUGCGUCGCAGCCUGCGACGACAACGCCUGCGCGGCCGCAUGCCGCGAGGAGAACCCCUGCGGUGCUCAGGACCCCGAGCGCGUCAAUGUCACUUCGUCGUCGUCGGCCAGCUCGGAGCCGACGCCGAGCAGCACAGCCGAUGCCAACGACGGCAUCUUCACCGGAUUGGCGGGUUCUGAGAACAAUGACGACAACGACUCGGCUGCGUCGGUCAUGGAAAUUGGCCGCGGCAUGGGCCUCGCUGUCCUGGUCAGCGCCGUCUUUGGCGGCUUUGGCAUCAUGCUAUAAGGGGACAGAAUGCGCAACGGAGCUGGGUGCGGGAAGGAAAGCAAGAUGCAUAUGUGUGCUGCGGGUAAUUUUUGCAUCUGUUUUUAUUUAGUCUGGUCGGUGGUCAAGCGCUAUCGACCACCAGUAUACGCGGGGGCAGCACAUCCUUGG